AUGGGGAACUGAUUAGAAGUUUUUAAGGAUAAAAAGAAGAAACAGGAAGCGCCAAAGCAGAAUGUGCAUCAGAGUGCUAGUGUUGAGGAAUCCCAAGACAUACAGCAAGAUAUUUCUAAUGUUAACAUAAAUGCAAAUCAGGACAUCUCAAAACCUAUAAAUACUCAAAAUGUGGUUGCAGCAGCUCAAUCCUCUGCUUCAUUCGGAGUAGCUGGACCUGCUCAGAACGAACCUGCUAAGCCUCUCAGUAAAGCUGAAGAAAGGAAGCGUAUGCGUGAAAACUUGAUGUUUACGAAGAAAGAGGAUGAAAUCUUGCUUAAAUACCCAGGUGAGCUGAAUGGCAAGCAGUUCAAGCUAGAGGGUAACAAACGCUGAGAGAUUUAUAUAAAUGACUAUACUGCUGGAGGCUUCUGAGAUAGACUAGAAGACUGCAUCCUCUUCUGGGGUCCAAGCACAGGCUCUGUGUUCAUCAGAGAAUGUAGAAACUGAAGGUUCGUCAUUGUGUGCAGCCAGAUUAGGCUGAGGGAUUGCCAUGAUUGCGAAUUCAUGCUGUUCUCAAAUACUGAUCCUAUCCUGGAAUCCUGAUCAAACAUGAAAUACUGGUGACUAAACUUUGUUUAUCCUGAGCUCAAAUCACAAAUGGACAAUUGAGGGCUUAGUAUUUGGAAUAAUACUUGGGCUGAUCAAUUUGAUUUCACUCCUGGCCAGAAUAAACUGAACUAUACACUAAUGGAUGAAGAUGGUGAUCAUUUUAUCGACUCUUUUAAAACAGUUACUCACAACAUAAUGCUGUUACAAGCUCAACAUCUUAACCCGGACCUCGAUCUCUCACAAAUAGAUUUAAAUUUUGAGGAGAAAGACCAAACCCCAUUGGUUCCAAUAACCACUGGAAACUUGGCAAAGGAGGCUGAGAGCCAUGCUUUUAUUCUAUUCCUCUCGUCAGAUGGUGAGACUAUAUAUGAAAUAUACAAAUAUUUCUAUCAUACUUAUUUCAAAGGAAAGCGGGACAAGUACUGGCUAAAAGAAACCAGAGAGACUGAUCUCAAAGAAGAUCAGCUUUCAGAGUUACUUAACUACGACCCCUCUGAUGAGAAUUAUAACAACAGGUGGUACCAAUCAGCGGCAGGCAAAGGUUUGAUCGGCAUGUAUCUUUGCUCAGCUUCUGAUCCUAACUUUGCUAAUGAAAUUGCAGGUUAUCUGACCAGCAAUCAUGUUGAGCUUGAGUUCUAUCUCAGUUUCAACAAAGAUGCAGUCACCGAGCAGAGCAAGAAGUUCUUCAAGGAAUAUAAUAAGGAGGACAAAGGUCAUAAAAUCAACUAAUUCAGACCAAAUUUUAUUAAUGGGAUAAA